AAAAAAAAUGGAUAUUGUAGAGGAAGUUUGUAAGGAUAAAACUGUGCGUUAAUAUGCGAAGGGCAAAUUCUUAGGGAAAGGAGGGUUUGCAAAAUGCUAUGAAUUUUAACAUGGAGAAUAAACUUAUGCUAGCAAAAUCAUUAGCAAGGCAAGUCUUACCAGAUCAAGGGCAAGAUAAAAAUUGAUGUCUGAAAUCAAAAUUCAUCGUAGUCUUUAACAUCAAAAUAUUGUUGGGUUCCAUCGAUAUUUUGAGGAUGAUGAAAAUGUUUAUAUAUUAUUAGAAUUAUGCACUAAUCAGACUAUGAAUGAAUUACUCAAAAGAAGAAAAAGAUUAACUGAACUUGAAGUAUAAUGUUAUCUUAUGUAAAUACUAAUUGCACUUUAGUAUUUACAUAAGCAUAAAGUUAUACAUAGAGAUUUAAAAUUAGGCAAUCUCUUCUUGUCUGAUAAAAUGGAAGUCAAAUUGGGAGAUUUUGGGUUAGCUACUCUUAUAGAAUUUGAAGGUGAAAGAAAACGUACCGUUUGUGGUACUCCUAAUUACAUAGCACCAGAAAUCUUGGAAUCUAAAAAUGGUCACAGUUUUGAAGUAGACAUUUGGUCCUUUGGUGUUAUUGCUUAUACUCUAUUGGUUGGCAAACCUCCUUUUGAAACCACUGAUGUCAAAACUACUUAUAGAAGAAUCAAAAUGAAUGCAUACUAAUUCCCUGAAUCUUGUAUCAUUAGCAAUGCAGCUAGACAACUAAUAAGUAAAAUCCUAGUUACUGAACCAUCCAAGAGAUUGACUCUCUAAGAGAUAUAAGAUCAUGAAUUCUUUCAUGGGCUCAUUCCAUAAUUAUUACCUUUGAGUACUUUAGCUUGUCCACCAUCCUCGUAAUACACGAGGUAGUAUCAAAAAUAAUAAUCUACCAGUAUACCAAAAUUUGAAAACACUGAAAAGCGACCUCUUGAUCUCAAAUAACGUCCUCAGUAUGCAAGUAUGGAUAGAAUUCCUUUGCGCUCCAACAUUGAAAGUUGUCUUAAUUAAAAUUAUGUCAUUUAAGAACCCUAAGUUUAUGUUAAAAAAUGGUAUUUAUCCAUCUAAUUCUCAGGGUUGACUAUUCAAGCAAGUAUGGAUUGGGGUAUGUGUUUAAUAAUAUGCAAUGUGGAGUCUUUUAUAAUGACUGUUCCAAAAUGCUUAUGUUGAAUGACGAGUAAUUUUAUGGUUUUAAUAUUAUAGCAAAUACAUUUAUAUCGAUAGAAAUGGAGAAGAAAAGGAAGGAACUCUUAGAGAACAAACUCCUGAGAUGUAAAAGAAAUCCACUUUGAUGAUUCAUUUUAAAGGAUACUUAAUAGAGAAUGAAAUUGUUAGUGAAACUGAUCAAUAAUUUUGGUAAAGAGUUUAUGUUAAAAAAUGGAUGAAGGCAAAACAUGCCAUCAUUUUUCGAUUGUCUGACAAGACUGUUUAAGUCAUUUUUCAUGACAAUACACAGAUUAUAUUGACCUAACAAUUAAAAGUGGUUACUUAUAUUGAUAAGGAAUUAGUUAAAUCAACAUAUAUGUUGAAUACUGCUUUAGAAAGUGAUAAUAACUAAAUGGUUAAAAGACUCAAAUACACUAAGGAAAUUCUAAGUUAGAUGCUUAGUGGCACGAAUAAUCAUGGAACUGCUCCUUAGGUUGAGGCUUAACAGCCAAAACCAUUGUAAGAAAGGGCUAACACUUUAUCUUCGUUAAAUUAACAAAACCUAUAUAGCAGCACUUCAAGAUUGAAAAAUUCUCUUCACAAUAAAUGA